AUGAUCAUCAGAUCUUCUUCUAUGCUUAGCUCCGUCAAAGCCUUUAACUUUCUCAUUAACAAUUUAUCAUCUCAUGGAGACCACCGCCAAGUUCUCUCCACAUUCUCUUCAAUGCUCUCUUGUAGAAUCUUACCUGCCACUUCCACUUUCCCUAGUCUUCUCAAAGCCUGCGCUUCACUUCAGCUCCUCUCUUUUGGUCUCUCGAUUCACCAACAGGUUCUCGUCAAUGGGUUCUCUUCUGAUUCCUACACUUCGUCUUCCCUGGUCAAUCUCUACGCUAAAUUCGGGAUUUUGGAUAAUGCUCGUAAAGUGUUCGACGAAAUGCGUGAGAGAGAUGUAGUCCACUGGAAUGCAAUGAUCGGUUGUUACUCACGCGCCGGGAUCGUUGGAGAAGCGUUUUCUUUGGUGGGCGAUAUGAGAUAUCAGGGGAUUGGACCUUGUACGGUUACGUUGUUGGAAAUGCUGAGUGGGGUUUCAGAGAUUACGCAGGUACAGUGUUUACAUGCCUUUGCGGUGAUUCAUGGGUUCGAAUGUGAUAUAGCUGCGAAGAAUUCGAUGUUGAAUUUAUACUGCAAGUGCGAUAGUGUUAGAGAUGGUAAGGAGUUAUUUGAUCAGAUGGAGAAACGAGAUAUGGUUUCAUGGAACACAAUGAUUUCUGGAUUUGCUUUGGUUGGUAAUAUGACUGAAAUCUUAAAGCUUUUGUACAGAAUGAGAGAUGAUGGUUUAAGACCUGACCAGCAGACAUUUGGAGCGUCGCUUUCGGUCAGUGGAACAAUGUGUGAUCUUGAAAUGGGAAGAAUGCUACACUGCCAAAUCGUGAAAACUGGUUUCGAUAUGGACAUGCAUCUCAGGACGGCUCUGAUAAUGAUGUAUCUAAAGUGUGGAGAGGAGAAAGCUGCAUUUCGAGUUCUCGAAACCAUGCCCAGUAAGGAUGUUGUUUGCUGGAAUGUCAUGAUAUCAGGACUUGUGCGGUUGGGUAGAGCGGAAAAAGCGCUGACUGUUUUCUCGGAAAUGUUACAUUCAGGUUCAGACCUAUCGAGUGAAGCAAUAGCUAGUAUUGUAGCAUGUUGUGCUCAACUGGGUUCCUUCCAUCUCGGCGCUUCAGUCCAUGGUUAUGUACUGAGGCAAGGUUAUAAACUAGACACUCCUGCAUUAAACUCUCUUAUCACAAUGUAUGCAAAGUGCGGCUUUUUGGACAAAAGUUUAGUUCUUUUUGAACGGAUGACUGAAAAAGACUUAGUUUCGUGGAAUGCAAUUAUCUCUGGACAUGCCCAAAACGGAGAUCUGUGCAAGGCCUUGUUAUUGUUUGAAGAAAUGAAGUUUAAAACCAUGCAACGGCUUGAUUCAUUGACUGUUGUCUCUCUUUUACAAGCCUGUUCAUCCGCUGGAGCUCUCCAGGCUGGGAGACUGAUCCACUGUAUAGUAAUUAGAAGUUAUAUCAGGCCAUGCACCUUGGUUGAUACAGCUCUGGUUGAUAUGUACUUGAAAUGUGGCUACUUAGAAGCUGCGCAGAGGUGUUUCGACUCAAUCUUGCAGAAAGAUUUUGUUUCAUGGGGCACACUCAUUGCAGGAUAUGGUUUCCAUGGUAAAGGGGAUAUUGCUUUGAAAAUUUACUCAGAGUUUCUUCGCUCUGGAAUGGAGCCGAACCACGUGAUUUUCCUUGCAGUUCUCUCAUCUUGCAGCCAUAAUGGAAUGGUCCAGCAUGGUUUGGAGAUAUUCAACUCAAUGGUUAGAUAUUUUGGUGUUGAACCCAAUCACGAACACCUAGCUUGUGUGGUUGAUCUUCUAUGCCGAGCUAAAAGAGUAGAAGAAGCGUUUAACUUCUACAAAGAGAACUUUACAAAACCAUCGAUGGAUGUUUUGGGUAUUAUACUCGAUGCUUGCCGUGCAAAUGGGAAAACAGAGGUCGAAUAUAUAAUUUGUCAGGAUAUCAUCGAGUUGAAGCCAGUAGAUGCUGGCCAUUACAUUAGGCUUGCACAUUCUUUUGCCGCGAUGAAGAGAUGGGACGAUGUGAGUGAAUCGUGGAAUCAAAUGAGGUCUCUCGGCCUGAAAAAGCUCCCGGGAUGGAGCAAGAUCGAGAUGAACGGGAGAAUCACUACGUUCUUUAUGAACCAUACUUCACAUUCAGAUGAAACAAUGUCUGUGCUGAAACUUCUUAGCAGGGAAAUGACGCAGUUUGAUUCAGAAAAUCUAUAUGAUCAAUCCAAUGAUGUAAAGAUGGCUCAAGUGUCUCACGUUUAUAUGACAUAA